GUCAGUUCAGAGUGCGCUGCGUACGUUGCCGCCAUGACGCUCGAGGCAAAGUAACCGCGCUUGGCGGGAGUCGGGAUUGGGGCUUUUCGCCGCGGAGUCGGAGACGAUGCCUAAAGCCUGCUCGGCCGUUAACUGCCCCAACCGGGACACGCGGGAGAACCGGGCUAAGGGCCUCUCAUUCCACAGCUUCCCCAAAGCCCACGAAUUGAGGAAGAAGUGGAUGCUGGCUGUGAAUCGCAUUGAGCCAGGCUCCAGGAAGCUGUGGAUCCCAGGCUCAGGCGCCUGCAUCUGCUCAGAUCACUUCUUCCAGGAUGACUUUGAGGUGUAUGGAGGACAGAAGAGGCUGAAGGCGGGCGUGAUCCCCUCCGUGUUCUCCUUCAAGGAACCAACAAAAGGGAAACAUCCAUCAAAGUCUGUCAAAACCAUGGGCAUCAGUUGGCCAGUGGCUAGUAUGAGCGAAGCUACUCCACCAGCUGAUUCAUCUCCAGCACAAGCCAAAGCAGUGGAACUCAUCCAAGCGGAGCAUCAGUAUAGUCUGAGUGAAGCUAUGGGCAGUAGAACAAAAUCUCUGAUCCCCACUGGACCAAUGCAGGGGACUGAACGGGAGCAGGACGCAGCCCAGCGCCGCCUCUCCUAUUAUCAGCAGGAGCUGUGGAGUGUGCUGGAGAGUCUGCGGGAGCAGCAUCUCCUCCAGAAGGACAUGGAACACAUGCUGCGCUCCCAGUUCAGCGCAGACCUGCAGCUCACUUUGCAGUGUGAGGGAGCCCUGUGCGAGAACUACCCAGCUGCCACCCGCAACUUUGCCGUCUCGCUACAUUUGUUCUCGGCCAAGGCCUAUGAAUUUGUGAAGAAGACAUUCCAGCUCCCAGAGGCCACCACCCUUCGCACGUGGCUCUCAAACAUGGAUUACGAGCCAGGAUUCAGCCAACAAGCCUUCAAUGCUCUGGCAAAGAGAUCUCAAGCAGGGGAGAAAACCUUCAAGUUGUGCUCUCUCCUUAUGGCCUCAAUCCCUUUGGAAAGGAGAAUCCACUAUGACCCUUCCACCGAGCGAUUGCAUGGUUUGAUGGACUUUGGUGCUGGUAAAUAUGAUGCGGAUGAGGUUUCAGCAGCCGGAGAAGCCCUCCUGCUUGUGGCUGUUGGAUUCCAAGGCCGGUGGAUAGUGCCUGUUGGCUACUUCCUCCUUGCCACCCUUAGAGGUGACAUACAGGCCCAGCUCCUAUGCCACUGUAUCCUCAAACUGUACGACAUUGGCGUGCAGGUGGUCUCUGUAACGUCUGAUGCCACAGCUCCCAAUAUUGACACAGCCAGGCGGCUGGGAGUGGUGGUGGACGGCCUCUUUGUCAAGUCCACAUUUUUCCAUCCAGCUACUCCUACGCUGGAAAUAGCAUACUACUUCGAUCCCAGCCAUUUGUUGACGCUGAUCCACCGCUUGCUGCAAGCCGCCGGCAGCCUCCAGGUGAGCGGCAAGGCGGUCUGCUGGGAUUACUUCCUGCAUCUCGGGGCUCUGCGGGAAGAAGUGGUGCUCCGGGCGGCAUGCCAGUCCGGAGCGAUCAGCCCGCAGGAACAGGGGGUGUGGGGAAAUGGGGCCACACAGCUGUUCAGUGAGGGCACGGUUCAGGCCUUGCAUUUUGCAGCGAGGCUCGGCCUGCCUCAAUUUCAGGGUCACGAAGCCACCGCCCACUUUAUUGGGCUGCUGAGUGCCAUUUUUGAUGCGUGCAGCAGCUGCAGUAUCUAUGGGAAAGGUUUCAAGGCACCGCUCUCCUGCGCUAGUGCCAGCGCCCUCAACAACCUCUGCAACGAGUACGAGAACCUGCUUCGCAAACUCCGCACUGCCACCGGGGAGCUGCUAGGGCUGAGCAGGCAUCGAUGGGGCUUCAUUGGCUUCCUGGUGAACCUGCGCAGCUUUCAGUGGCUGGCGCAGACCCAUCUACAGGCAGAAGACGAGCCCACCACUUCUUUGCUGUCCUGUUGGUGGAGCCUGGACCCUCUGGAGUGGUGCAGGGGAGCCAUACAGCAAGCCCGUGGGCACAAAGGUGUUGGCCCCGCAUGGACCUUCCAGCGGGCGUACAGGCUUGUCUUGAACAGAGCUCUUUCUGGUCUGGGCCUUGAUCCACCGAACCUGCUUGACAUAUCCUUACGCAGAAGAACUAGCCUCCAGUUGCAGGCUUCCUUGCCUCUGGCUCGCGGGCAGAUCUGGUGCUUGCCUCGGGGCACUGGGCCUCCACGAGAGACACAGGGCAUAGCCCCAGCCUUUCUGGCUGAGUUGGAGGAAGACGCUAUCGCUUGCAUUUCCUGCAUUGUUUUGGGGAAGCUGCUGCCCCUCCUCUCCUGCGCCGAAUGCCGCGCUGCCCUCUUGUGCCCUUGUAAGGGUGUGCCUGCGGGCAGCGCCCUGCUGUGCGUGGAGAGCAAGGGAAGAAAGUACCUCCCAGCAGAGUCCGUACAGAGGGUGAUCCGCCGAGCAAAGCAGGUUGUUGGCUUGCCUUCCUUGUUCCUCGGAGACUCCAGCCACCGCGGGUUCUUGGUGCAGCAGCUGGCCAUCUUGGCAGAUGUGAGUGAGGAGCCCAGUCUUUUCUCAUCCCUGGGCAACCACCUCUUUGAGAGCAACGCUGUGGUUUCCAACCAUUACGUCACUCUGCUGCAGGAACUUGUGCGAACUUUCUUGGAACUGUGGCUUGAGGCAGUGCAAGGACGGUUGUCCAUGCCGACUCAUGAACGUAGCAGCUCUUUGAAAGUGGCUAAUGGUAAGCAGCGGACAAGGAAUGCAAAUGGCCCCAGCAGGGACUGGACUCAACAAACACGUGGACUCAUGGAAUGGUACAUGCCUAUCUGAAGGUGGUAGAAAGCUGAAUGCUUAUGUUUACGUGGCCUUGUAGGAGAAGUGGUAGCUUAUGAUAUGCUGUAAGCUGGUAGAAAGCUAUGAGGCUGCUUUGCACUUGGCUUUUUUAUUGGAGCAGACACAGGCAGGGAGGUCCACGCAGAACUGACAUGCAGGAAAUUCAUUCUAACUUCUCACAUGAAAGUGACACGUGUGUGUGCCUUUGAGAAGCAUCUUUGCAGGGCUUACAGCAUGGGGAUCAUAGAAUCAUAGAAUUGGAAGGUACCCCCAAGGGUCAUCUAGUCCAACCACCCGCAAUGCAGGAAUAUUGGUAUUCUAUUUACAUUGGCAAAGCUGGUCCUAAUAAAGUUGUUUCCUGAGUGGAUUUUGGAACUUUGCUUAUGGACUUAUCAUGGCUUGCUUUGCUGUGCAGUCCCAGCUCUGGAGUUUUAAGAACCAUGUCUUUUCCCCAACUAGUCCCCCAAAUUGGAACUUCCCCCUCCCCCAGCACUUUUGUUACCAUCCCCACUCUGGUCUGUAGAAGCAAAGCUGAGGCAGCAGCCCAGAUUAAGAACAUAACUCUUGACCUUUGGCUAUCGAGAAGCAAAGUCCAGCACCAAGUGGCUGAAGCCUUGGGCCAGGUCAAUAAACAGCACAGGAAUGAGAGAGAUUACUUGUUGCAACAGCUGCACUCCAUAUUUCAACAGACUUGCACCUGUUGCAAAACUUCAGCCCCGAGGCAAAGCAUGUUUGCUACAUAAAAUACACCAACUACAGCAAGUGAUAUUUGCAACUUCUUGCAAGAUUGCUGAAGACCCGACCCAAAGUGGCCCACUGCCUAACAGUGGUGCUCUGUAAAAAUAGCUGCAUGAGGCACGUGAAGAAGUGAGGUGAAGGCAGUUCUUAGCAGUCAAUCUAUUAUAGGCUGAAAUGCUGUGCCAUUCAUUCUGUGCAAACCUUUCUUGGGUGGUUCUGAACACCACUAGCACCUCCUCUCACAACUAUCCUGAUGCAGCACAGGAGCCCCACAUGUAUAGUUGAUGUACAUCUGUUACCACAAACAUAAUGCCUAUUUGAGUGCUUUCCAUAUAAUCAAUGUGACUACAGUGGUACCUCGCAAGAUGAAUGAAGUCAAUGCUGCAAACUAUCAACAGAUUCAGCAGUUGGAAUAGGAGCUUUUGUAAUACAGUUGCUAGACGAGUAGUUGGGGUGCAACUGAGAUGGCUAGUUUGACCUUUGCCUAGGUAUAAGUUUCCAGAGAGUUGCCAGUCCACAGUUGGCUUCUAACUAUCCUUUAAUGUUUGUUUUUAGAGCAACUGCUACUUAUGCUGGCAGACAAUAGGCUUGUUGGAAUUGCUGCACAAAAGAGGAAAGGAGUUUGGGUGCUUUGAGCUUUACGGGGCGUUUUCCACCUUCUAUUCCAUUAUAACACACAGGAUUCAGAAAAUUUUCUAUACCUUUAUUAGAAAAAAAAUCAUCACCAUAAUUCUAGAUGUUUACAAUGAAGCAUUGGUUACAAUAAGAGUGUCCUCAGAAAGUUCCAGAUUGUUUUCAUGGUUUUUGACGCAAGUUGGAGGCCAAUGAUUUGGUGACCUCUGGAGAAAAUGCUUGCAGGGUGCACACUUUAAGGGGGAAGGGAGGAAGCAAUCAUGAAAUGACUUUCUCAACAUAAUUAGCAGGAUAUAGUCCAACCUGACCGGUCUGAAGCCGGCCUUUGCACCAGCCCUGUUCA